AGUCGUCAACGUGAAGCGAGCAAGUGUCAAAUAUCAAGCUGAUUGAUCACACUUUUUCUCAUUCACUUGUGUUUUCUCACUCUCGCUCUCGCUCUCAACUCUCAACUCUCAACUCUCAACUCUCAACUCUCAACUCAACUCAAGUCAUGGAUUCCAAUUCACCCAUCAUUGCUUGGGGCUCCGGCGAAGAUGGCCAACUCGGAAUCGGUAACAACGAAGACAAGGAAUGGGUUUGCGUCGUCCAAGCUCUCGCCUCUCGUUCAGUUCGCUCUGUCGUCGCUGGUAGCAGAAACUCCCUCGCCAUCUGUGACGAUGGCAAGUUGUUCACAUGGGGUUGGAAUCAAAGGGGAACACUUGGACACCCACCUGAGACCAAGACUGAAAACAUUCCCAGCCAGGUCAAGGCACUUUCCCAUGUUAAAAUUGUUCAGGCGGCUAUUGGUGGGUGGCACUGUUUGGCUGUUGAUGAUCAGGGCAGAGCUUAUGCCUGGGGUGGAAAUGAGUAUGGGCAGUGUGGUGAAGAACCUGAGCGCAAGGAUGACACCGGUAGACCUCUGAGGAGAGAUAUAGUGAUCCCUCAGCGUUGUGCUCCUAAGCUUGUUGUUCGCCAGGUUGCUGCAGGAGGGACUCACUCAGUGGUACUUACACGUGAAGGGCAUGUAUGGACAUGGGGUCAGCCGUGGCCUCCUGGUGACAUUAAGCAGAUUUCAGUCCCUGUUCGGGUGCAAGGUCUCGAAAAUGUGAGGCUUAUUGCAGUUGGGGCAUUCCAUAAUUUGGCUCUUCAGGAGGAUGGAACUUUAUGGGCAUGGGGUAAUAAUGAAUAUGGACAACUUGGAACUGGAGAUACCCAGCCAAGAUCACAACCUAUUCCGGUGCAAGGGCUUUCUGGACUUACUCUGGUUGAUAUUGCAGCUGGUGGAUGGCACUCUACUGCAUUGACAGAUGAUGGAGAGGUAUAUGGCUGGGGAAGAGGAGAACAUGGUAGGCUUGGAUUUGGUGAUAGUGACAAGAGCAGUAAAAUGGUACCCCAGAGGGUUCAACUUUUAGCCGGGGAGGAUAUUGUUCAGGUGUCUUGUGGAGGUACUCAUUCAGUUGCAUUAACCAGGGAUGGACGCAUGUUUUCUUUUGGUAGAGGUGACCAUGGCCGUCUCGGAUAUGGGAGGAAAGUCACCACCGGUCAGCCAAUUGAGGUACCUAUAAACAUCCCUCCUCCACAGAAUCUCAGCGGCAAUGAAGCUGAUGAGGGACAUUGGAUAUCCAAACUAGUUGCUUGUGGUGGCCGUCAUACUCUGGCAAUAGUAGAAUGGAAAGUAGACGAACCUCAAGUUGACUCGUAAAUUGAAACUGGAAAGUAGAUGAAGCUAGUAACUGAUUUGGAACUCAGUUCAGGUCAUAGAAUUCUUGUGUUGUGUCCAGUAUGAUAGUGUCUCAUGGCACAAACACAUUAAUAAUAAGCAUAGUAAUGGCGUUUGGCAUGGAUGGUCAUAUAUAACCAUAUACAGCCCAAACACAUAAAAAAAACCGUUUCUCUAAUCUAAUUAACCUUGGUUGGCCCACAA